AUGGAAGCAUCCCUACCCUAUCACGAACCUUCCAUAACAAUAAUCGCUAUAUUAUCUGGUUUUCUGUUGCUCUUGAAUCUUGUCAAUCAUGGUCUAGACAAACUCGCCUACUGCGGUCUGAUUGGCCAAGUCGCCCUUGGGAUCGCUUGGGGCACACCAGGCGCAAAAUGGCUUUCGCGAGAGGUUGAAGAUGCUGUUGUGCAGUUGGGAUAUCUUGGUCUCAUCCUGCUCGUAUUUGAAGGCAGUGGACUAUCAACGUCGUUCAAAUCCCUCAAGGCCAACCUGGGUUUAUCUUCUAUCGUUGCAACCACUGGAAUUCUCAUUCCAAUUGGCUUUUCCUUCGCCGUCAUGUCAAUGCUCAACGCAACUCCAUUGCAGGCUUUUUCCGCUGGUGCUGCGCUCUGUUCUACCAGUCUCGGCACCACAUUCACCAUCCUAGGCACAAGCGGGCUUUCCGCGACGCGUCUCGGUGUCGUCUUAACGAGUGCUGCUAUGAUGGAUGAUGUCGUUGGUCUUAUCAUGGUACAGGUUAUCUCGAACCUCGGCGGUGAUUCAUUUGAUGCUAUCACUGUUGUGAGACCUGUCGUGGUAUCGCUGGGCUUUGCAGUCGUGAUUCCUAUCCUGUGCAGGGUUAUAGUUGUGCCUGUCACCAAGAGUCUCAAUUCCUUCAGGGAAGGAAAUCCCAUCUCAAAUAUUUCAAAAGCGUUGAGUCUCAGACAGACUGCUUUUGUUAUUCACACAGCUUACCUACUUGGUAUAGUCGUUGGAGCAACCUUUGCAGGUACUUCGAGUCUAUUGGCCGCUUACAUUGCCGGUGCGACUAUCAGUUGGUGGGAUUCUGAUGUUCCACACAUUGAAGCCCAGGAUGCCAACGCCACUGACUCGCAUGGAACUGAGGAAUCAAGAACAACCGAAAGCGAGACUAUAGAAGAAUCAUCCGCUGCUCCAGUGGACCAGAGACCAUCACCCACAGCCAUGAAAGGCGGCUCUGGAGCCGAAAUCUUUCAUCGUUACUACGAGCCUGCCUUGCAACGCAUCCUCAAGCCUUUCUUCUUUGUAUCCAUCGGAUUUUCGGUUCCUAUUGCGAAGCUUUUCACAGGUCCAAUCGUCUGGCGUGGAGUGAUCUAUACGAUUCUCAUGAUAAUCGCGAAACUUGCCUGUGGCUUAUGGCUAGUUUCUUUCACUAUUCCUUACCGAGCUUCUGCACAGCUUAUCCAGAGGUUCUCCCCUAAACUUCGAAGUUCUUCUAAAAGCCUUGUUCCUGGUACCCAAUGUGCAGACACCACUUUCACGCCCCAGGAAGAUAGUACAGCCGAAAGAGUACAACAGUGCAAUGAUAUCCCUCUAGAGCCAACUGAGGGCACCAGUACAACCCAAACCUCUCCCCAAGUACACAACUCGAUGCCAAAACCGGAGAAAUCCAUAUCACUUUACCCAGCAUGCAUAGUUGGUGUGGGAAUGGUAGCUCGUGGAGAAAUCGGUUAUCUGAUUUCUGCACUGGCUGAAAGCAAGGGGAUCUUUGGUCGACCAGCGGAUGGUCAGCCUUCGGAGCUCUUCCUCAUAAUCACAUGGGCUAUCACGCUUUGCACAAUCAUAGGGCCAAUAUCAGUAGGCCUAAUUGUGAAUCGAGUUAGACAGCUAGAAAGUGGGAGUCAGAAGACAAGAGGCGAGAAUAAAAGAAAUGUGCUUGGGGCUUGGGGUGUGAGCUAG